AUGGGUCUGUUCAAGAAAAAGAAGGAUGACUCUUCCUCCGAGGGGCCUACAGUAGUGGGGUUUAUCAAAAACUUUAUUUUCAGAUCAGAGAAAAAAGAGGAAGCUCCUCCACCGCCAAAGAUCUCAAUUUUCCAACUCUUCCGAUACACAUCCACUAUGGAUCGGAUUAUGUUGAUUGUUGGAAUUCUCGUAUCUUGUGCAACUGGUCUAGGUCUUCCAUUGAUGUCAAUUAUUAUGGGUAACGUCUCCCAAAACUUCGUGGAAAUCGGAACAAUUCUUAUGAACAGUACGGAUCCUGCUGUCAUCAAAAAAGCCAAGGAUGAUUUUUCUCAUGAUGUGAUUCAAAAUUGCCUCCAAUACGUGUAUCUUGGAGCUGGAAUCUUUGCAGCUGGUAUGAUUCAGGCCUCUUGCUUCCUGAUCAUUUGUGAGAAUCUGUCCAAUAGAUUCCGUCGCGAGUUCUUCUACUCUGUUAUGCGACACGAGAUCGCAUGGUAUGAUAAGAACACAUCAGGAACGUUAUCGAACAAACUUUUUGACAAUCUAGAAAGAGUUCGCGAAGGAACUGGAGAUAAAGUUGGUCUAGCUUUCCAAAUGAUGGCUCAAUUCCUCGGAGGAUUCGCAGUGGCUUUCAGCUACGAUUGGUUGCUCACUCUUAUCAUGAUGUCUUUAUCACCAUUCAUGAUGAUUUGCGGUCUGUUCCUCGCCAAACUUCUCGCCACAGCAGCUACCAAGGAAGCAAAGCAGUAUGCAGUAGCUGGAGGAAUUGCAGAAGAAGUCUUGACUUCUAUCCGAACUGUGAUCGCUUUCAACGGCCAGGAAUAUGAGUGUAAACGAUACGAGGAAGCUUUAUCUCAUGGAAGAAAAACAGGAAUCAAAAAAUCAUUUUUGAUCGGUGCUGGACUAGCUUCCUUCUUUGUCAUAAUCUACGCCUCCUACUGUCUCGCCUUCUGGGUCGGAACUAACUUUGUUUAUAACGGAAGACUCGAUAGUGGAACUGUACUCACUGUCUUCUUUUCCGUUAUGAUGGGAUCUAUGGCUUUGGGACAAGCUGGACAACAGUUUGCCACUAUUGGUACAGCAUUGGGAGCCGCUGCCUCCCUCUAUGAGGUUAUUGACAGAACGCCAGAAAUUGAUGCAUAUUCUACGAAAGGAGUGACACCGGAGAAGAUUUCUGGAAGAAUCAAGAUUCAGAAUAUUGAGUUUACCUACCCAACUCGUCCGGAUGUUCAGAUCCUGAAAGAUGUCUCCCUCGAAGCUCAACCAGGUCAGACCAUCGCACUGGUUGGAUCAUCAGGAUGUGGAAAGUCGACUAUUAUUCAGCUUCUUCAAAGAUUUUACAACCCAGACGCUGGUAAAAUCUAUAUCGACGACAUUGCCAUUGAAGACUUCAACAUCAAGUAUCUCCGUCAGUUAGUAGGAGUAGUUAGUCAGGAGCCAAAUCUUUUCAAUACAUCUAUCGAACAGAAUAUCAGAUAUGGAAGAGCCGAUGUGGAUUCUGAUGCUAUUAACCGUGCGCUCAAGGAAGCCAACGCUCUAGAUUUCAUAAAAACUUUCCCAGAGGGACUUAACACUCUUGUUGGAGAUCGUGGAGUUCAGAUGUCAGGAGGUCAGAAGCAACGUAUCGCUAUUGCUCGUGCAUUGGUCAGAAACCCAAAGAUAUUGCUUCUUGAUGAAGCUACCAGCGCUCUGGAUGCUGAGUCUGAAAGUGUUGUUCAAGCUGCUCUAGACAAUGCGUCCCGAGGAAGAACCACAAUUGUGAUUGCUCAUCGUCUGUCGACAGUCAGAAACGCUGAUAAAAUUAUUGUCAUGAAAGCCGGAAAAGUAAUGGAAAUUGGAACUCAUGAUACUCUGAUCGAGCAGAAGGGACUGUACCACGAGCUGGUUCAUGCUCAAGUCUUUGCUGAUGUAGAUGAGAAGCCAAGAGCCAAGAAGGAAGCAGAACGUAGACUGUCUAGACAAACAUCUGCCAGGAAGGGAUCGUUGAUCAAAACUCAAGAAUCUCAAGCCGAAGAGAAAUCUGGACCACCUCCUGCCCCAGAACCAGCCGAGAAGGAAAUCAAGAGAUUGAGAAAAGAGUUGGAGGAGGAAGGAGCUGUCAAGGCAAAUCUAUUCAAAAUUCUUAAAUACGCAAGGCCAGAAUGGAUGUAUAUCUUUUUUGCCAUUAUCGCCGCUCUCAUCCAAGGAGCUGUAAUGCCUGCAUUCUCUCUGUUCUUCUCUCAAAUCAUCAACGUGUUCUCUAACCCUGACAGAGAGCAGAUGAAAAAAGAUGGACAUUUCUGGGCACUCAUGUUCUUGGUUUUGGCAGCUAUUCAGGGAACGUCUAUGCUUUUCCAGUGCGCCUUCUUUGGAGUGGCCGCCGAAGGAUUAACAAUGAGAGUUAGAUCCAAAGUUUAUAGAAACGUUCUCCGCCAAGAUGCAACCUACUUCGAUAUGCCAAAACACUCUCCAGGACGUAUCACCACUCGUUUGGCUACUGAUGCCCCCAAUAUCAAAUCUGCAAUCGACUAUCGUCUUGGAUCAGUCUUCAACGCAAUUGCUUCUGUCGGAGGAGGUCUUGGAAUUGCAUUCUAUUAUGGCUGGCAGAUGGCAUUGCUUGUUAUGGCCAUAUUCCCAUUCAUGGCUGUAGGACAGGCCCUUGUGAUCAAAUACCAUGGAGGAUCCGCUACAGCUGACGCUAAAGAAAUGGAGAAUUCCGGAAAAACUGCAAUGGAAGCUAUUGAAAAUAUCCGAACAGUUCAAGCUCUUACACUUCAAACCAAGCUGUACAACAUAUUCUGUUCUCAUCUAGACUCCCCACAUAGUGGGAAUGUGUCAAAGGCAAUCAUCAGAGGUUUAACCUACGGCUUUGCCAAUUCCAUUCAAUUCUUUACCUAUGCCGCUGCAUUCCGUUUCGGCCUCUUCCUCAUAUUCAACCAGAAUGUACUAAUGAGUCCGGAACAUGUGCUCAAGGUCCUUUUUGCUAUUUCCUUCUCAUUCGGAACUAUUGGAUUUGCCGCUUCCUACUUCCCAGAAUACAUCAAAGCAACGUUUGCCGCUGGAUUGAUUUUCAAUAUGUUAGAAGAAGAACCAAGAAUCGAUGGAAUGACUAACGCUGGAACACUCCCAGCUCUCAGCGGAGAAGUGAAACUGAAUAAAGUCUUCUUCCGAUACCCCGAAAGACCAGCAGUCCCAAUCCUCCAAGGCCUAGAUGUACAUGUCAAACCAGGACAAACCCUCGCGUUGGUUGGACCAAGUGGUUGUGGAAAGAGUACUGUCAUCUCGCUUCUGGAGAGACUCUAUGAUCCAUUGGAAGGUGCAGUGGUAAGUUUUUCCGUUUAUUUAGUGGUUCGUAUCAAUCACCCAAUUACAUUUCAGACCAUUGACAACAAUAACCUUCGACAAAUGAAUCCAAAGCAUUUGCGUAAGCAUAUCGCAUUGGUGUCCCAGGAGCCAAUUCUGUUUGAUACCUCGAUUCGGGAAAACAUCAUCUACGGUCUUCAACCUGGAGAAUAUACAGAAGAAGCUAUUGCAGUGGCUUGUGAGAAAGCCAAUAUCCAUAAAUUUAUUUCGGAAUUGCCAGAUGUGAGUUUUAGAGAAUUUUCAGAUUUUUUUUUCAAAAACCGAGAAAUUUAUUUAAGUCUAUUCAAGUUUGAAAAUGGCUAUCAAACUCGUGUCGGAGAGAAAGGAACCCAAUUAUCCGGUGGGCAAAAACAGCGUAUCGCCAUCGCUCGUGCUCUCAUCAGAAAUCCAAAAAUCCUGCUUCUCGAUGAGGCAACCAGUGCUUUGGAUACAGAAAGUGAGAAACAAGUACAAAUCGCUUUGGAUGCAGCCGCCAAGGAUCGUACAUGUAUUGUGGUUGCUCAUCGGUUGUCAACAAUUGUAAAUGCUGGAUGCAUUAUGGUAGUGAAGAAUGGAAAAGUUGUGGAGCAAGGUACGCAUUUGGAACUAAUGGCCAAACGAGGUGCUUACUUUGCGCUGACACAGAAGCAGUCCAUAAAUCAAGCCGGUGGAGAGUUCGAUACUGGAGUCGCUGUGGAGGAUGAUGAUGAUGAUAAUGUGAAAUUCUAA